AUUCCUGUGCAAAUGGAGAAUAGCACAACUGUCUGGGAGUUCACCCUGGAGGGCUUCCCAGCAGUCCAGCACCUGGGGAAGGUCCUCUUCGCAGUGCACCUGCUGGCCUACCUGGCCUCCAUGGCAGGGAAUGCUCUCAUCAUCACCAUCACCUGUGUUGCUCUUCGCCUCCAGACGCCCAUGUACUUCCUCCUCAGCACCUUCUCCUUUCUUGAGUGCUGCUUCACUAGUGCUGUCAUUCCCAAGUUGCUGGCCAUCUUCCUUUCAGGCAGGCAAAGGAUUUCCUUUGCAGCCUGUCUCAUACAAGCCUUUGUCUUUGUCUCUGUGGGAGCCACAGGCUUCUUCCUCAUCGCGGUGAUGUCAGUGGACCGCUACAUGGCCAUCUGCAUGCCUCUGCGCUACCCCACCAUCAUGAACCUCAGGACCUGCUCCCUCCUCAUCACCGCCUCCCUUGCAGUGGGCUUUGCACUCAUCACAGGGUUCAUAGUGAAGGUUUCCCGGUUGUCCUUCUGUGGCCCCAAUGUCAUCCCUCACUUCUUCUGUGACCUCGGCUCUCUCAUCCAUCUCUCUUGUUCAAACACCAGAUCUACUGAAAUGCUGGCCUUUGGCUUAGCUCUGCUCAUCCUGGUUGCAUCCCUCCUGGUAACCAUCAUCGCCUACAGCAACAUAGUGGUGACAAUCCUGCGACUGCCUUCAGCCCAUGAGCGGAAGAAAGCCUUCUCCACCUGUUCCUCUCACCUCAUUGUCCUCUCUCUGAUGUACAGCAGCUGCAUUUUCAUCUAUGUGAAGCCAAAGCAAACCAGCAGGCUGGACUCCAACCGAGAGGCUGCUCUGGUAAACACGGUGGUGACCCCACUGCUGAACCCCGUCAUCUACACCCUACGCAACAAGCAGGUGCACCAGGCACUGAGAGAGACAAUGUGCAGAAUGAAAAUCCAUAGACAUAGGUCCAUGGAAGUACGAACUAUGCAUGCCAGAUGCUACCCAAAUAACUCUGAAGCUACAAGUUGCAUUGUGGCUUGGGGCUACCCUCAUGCCCCGGGGAACAGUGGUUGUGGCAUCUGGACAUACAAAUUACAUCACACGUGUUCUGUGUUGCAGCUAAGUCACUUAGCUUGCUACAGUUAUGUGCCUGACAUCCAUGCUGCAAAGGACCAAAGCUCUCUGGGGCCCUUACCAACCUUCCAAGGAGAGGACAUGACCAUUGCCUCUGAAAUCUGA